AUGCCUGACAUCUCCGAUUCUGUCGCGGACGGGAGCAACGCCGACCACCCUGUCGCCUCGAGCUCAACCACGUCCACGAACACAGGCCUCAAGGCGAAGAGAGCAGGCCCAAACGCUCCAGGAGUAGCAUUCGUGACGGGAGGGGCACGAGGGUUGGGAAACGCAAUCGCCGUGUCAUAUGCACGAGAAGGCGCCAGAGGGGUCGUCAUCGUCGACAUUCAGGACGAAAAGACUUGCGAAGCAGGGAAGAAAGCUGUCGAGGCUUAUGGAACUGAGUGUCUCGUCAUCAGAGCGGAUGUCACGCAGGAACAGGAGGUCGAAAGAGCCGUGAAAGAAGCCGUCGCCAGAUUCGGACGGAUCGACUAUGCAGCAAACUUUGCAGGAGUUAUCGGCCCUGGCGAAAGGAUCAGCGAGAUCGAGUUGAAGGACUGGGAGAAGGUCAUGGCAGUCAACUCGACCGGGGUGUUCCUCUGUAACAAAUAUGAGAUGAGGCAGAUGGCCGGCCAGGAGUCGAUUGAAGUUGAGCCCGGGCGGCCCUUGCAACGAGGUGCGAUCGUAAACUGCUGCUCGGUAAAUUCAAUGCUGUCCAUGCCAGGCACCGGUGGCUACACGGCGUCCAAGCACGCCGUGCUGGGCAUAACCAAGGCGGCAGCACUAGAAGGGCGGCAGCACGAUGUUCGCGUCAAUGCCAUCUCUCCGGGUUUCUUAUUGACCCCCAUGGUCGAAUCCAGCGUAAUGGACGAGGCUGGCCGUCUAGGCAAUGCACUCUGGUCUUACUUUGAAGCCCGCCAAGGACGGAAAGCGGAUUUUGCUGAGAUUGGCGACGCGGUUGUGCUCAUGAGUCUGCCUCGAAUGAGCUUGGUCAACGGGCAGAACCUGUUCUGUGACGGGGGUUUCACCAUCAAUGAGGGAAAUUUUUGA